UGGCUCUGGAAGAACUACCAGUAUGUGCUGGCUUUCUACUUUGCCAUCGAGGAGAUCAACAGGGACUCGCACCUGCUCCCCAACCUGACCUUGGGGUUCCACGUCUUCAACGCCUUUCACAGUGACCACAGGACCCUGGAGACGGCUCUGCUCUGGCUCUCUGGAGGCACCGAGUUUCUCCCGAACUACAAAUGCCGGACUCAGAGCAAGGCCAUUGCCGUCAUCGCAGGGACAGCGGCGGCGUUCUCAGCCCAGAUUGGAACGCUUCUGGAGCGCUACAAGACGCCCCAGGUCACGUACGGACCUUUUGAUCCCGUGCUGAGUGAUAAAGAUCAGUUUCCAUCACUCUAUCAGAUGGCCCCCAGGGACAGCUCUCUGGCCCAUGCGAUGGUCUCCUUAUUGCUGCACUUUGGCUGGACGUGGGUGGCGCUCUUCCUGUCUGAUGAUUUGAAGGGAGAGCAGUUCCUGAGGGAUCUGAGAGCAGAGAUGGUCAAGAAUGGUAUCUGUGUGGCCUUAACAGAAAAGCUCCCUGACACUAAGACAAUGUAUGGAUCAGGUGACGUCACCUUCCUGAGUAGGAUCAGAGUCUCCUCUGCAAACGUGCACAUACUCCACGGUGAAGCAGGGAGCCUCGUCACCGUGGACAUGGCAGCAGACUUCUUUUUAACCAYAGGGAAGGUGUGGAUCAUGGCAGGGAAGCAGGAGAUCGUUCUGCACGAGAUGAACCACAUGCUGCACUCUUUCCACGGGGGCUUCUCCUUCUCACCUCACAAGGGGGAAAUCCCUGGCUUCRGACACUUCCUCCAGACAGUGACCCCUUCCCACUACCCGGAGGACUUUUACUUCAGCAAACUGUGGGCUUAUUCUUUUGAUUGCUCACCUGCUGGGUCCAUCUGUGAAAAGUUUGGAGAGUGCAGACCAAACACUUCCUUAGAGUUCAUGCCAGGAAAUAUGGACAUCAUGACCUUGUCUGACUCCAGCUACUUUGUUUAUAAUGCUGUGUAUGCGCUGGCCCACGUCCUCCAUAAAAUUCUUUCGGAGAAAAUUGAAAUGGKAUCUUCAGAAGAUGCAGAUCAACCUCAGCUGCAUCCCUGGCAGCUGCAUCGGUUCCUGAAGAACCUCCGGUUUACCAACAGCGCUGGGGACCACGUCUCCCUGGAUGAGAAGAGCAGCCAGAUGGCCCAGUAUGACAUCCUCAACGCUGUGAAUUUCCCUGCUGGUCUCGGGCUGCUGGUUAAAGUGGGACAGUUUGUCCCCAGGAGUCCACUGGGUCAAGGCUUGGUCAUCAGUGAGGAGAUGAUAGAAUGGCCUAUUGGAUUCACAGAGACUCCUSGAUCUGUGUGCAGCCAGAGCUGUCCCCCGGGAUUCAGGAAGAUCCCCCAGGAAGGAAGGCCCGUCUGCUGCUUUGCUUGUGUGUUUUGCCCAGAGGGACACAUUUCCAAUCAGACAGAUGCAGAGCGGUGUGUCCAGUGCCCCGCACACGAGCACCCUAACAGUGAGAGGACUCACUGCCUCCCCAAGGUAGUGACCUUCCUGGCCUAUGAAGACCCCUUGGGCAUGGCUCUGGCCUGCACGGCUCUCUGCUUCUCUGCACUCACAGCUGCUGUCCUUGGGGUCUUUGUGAAGCACAGAGACACCCCCAUAGUCAAGGCCAACAACAGGGCUCUCAGCUACAUCCUGCUCAUCUCCCUCACCUUCUGUUUUCUCUGCUCUCUGCUCUUCAUUGGCCGUCCCAACACAGCCACCUGCAUCCUGCAGGAGACCACAUUUGGACUGGUGUUCACUGUGGCCGUUUCCACGGUCCUGGCCAAAACUGUCACUGUGAUUCUGGCCUUCAAGGUCACUGUCCCAGGGAGAAGGAUGAGGUGGUGGCUGGUGUCAGGGACACCUAACUUCAUCAUUCCCAGCUGCUCCCUCAUCCAGCUGACUCUCUGUGGAGUCUGGCUGGGGACCUCUCCUCCCUUUGUGGACACAGACACACACUCUGAACAUGGCCACAUCAUCAUCACGUGCAACAAGGGCUCAGUCACUGCCUUCUACUGUGCCCUGGGAUACCUGGGCUCCCUGGCCCUGGGGACCUUCACGGUGGCCUUCCUGGCCAGGAACCUGCCUGACACCUUCAAUGAAGCCAAGUUCCUGACCUUCAGCAUGCUGGUGUUCUGCAGUGUCUGGCUCACCUUCCUCCCUGUGYACCACAGCACCAAGGGCAAGGUCAUGGUGGCCGUGGAGGUCUUCUCCAUCCUGGCCUCCAGCGCAGGGCUCCUGGGCUGCAUCUUUGCCCCCAAGUGCUACAUAAUUCUCAUAAGACYGGACAAGAACUCUCUGAAAGGUUUGAAAGAUAAAAGAGGUGCUAAGGGAAAUCGGCAUUCUAAGGUUUUAUCUCAUGAGUCUCUAGCACAUUUUUAG